AUGCGAAAGAAGACCAAGGGGGUACACAUAUCCAACUACGAUAUUGUUCGGGUUUUAGGAAAGGGCAGUUUCGGAGUUGUACGACUCGUGCGCGAGAAAAGCGAACCUUCCAUCAGUAGCGGGCAUUCUACUGGGAGCAGCUCUGACAAGACCUCCUACGUUGAUAAUACGAUUGAAAACGGCAGUUCAGGAUCCCAGAAGCAAGUCUUUGCUAUGAAGGUCAUCCGAAAGUCCGACAUGCUCCGCAAUAGUCAAGAAGGUCAUUUGAGAGCAGAACGCGACUUCCUGGUUGCGUCCGAGAAUUCGAAAUGGGUAGUCCCGCUCAUCGCAAGCUUCCAGGAUAACAACAACUUGUACCUUGUUAUGGAAUACAUGGUUGGCGGCGACUUUUUAGGUCUGUUGCUCCGCGAAGACAUUUUGGACGAGGGCGUCGCUAGAUGGUACAUCGCCGAGAUGAUUCUCUGCAUUGAAGAAGCGCACAAGAUGAACUGGAUCCAUCGGGAUGUUAAGCCGGACAACUUCCUCAUCACGUCGUCUGGGCAUUUGAAGAUUUCCGACUUCGGUCUUGCUUUUGACGGCCACUGGACACACAACCAAGCAUACUACAACGAGCAGCGAUACACAUUACUCCGUGAUCUCGACGUGGAUGUUCAAGGCGAUGCGCAAGAUUUUCAAGAAGAGAAGGAGAGGCGGGAACAUCGAAAAGCCAUCGAUCUCAUCAAUGGAAGACCUGGGCGCGAGAGAUUCGAAGCGAAACAGGAUAGUGCAAACGGGCCCAUCAUUGACUGGCUCAAUCGCACACAGAAACGCCAGUUUGCCAAAAGCGUGGUCGGUACUAGCCAGUAUAUGGCUCCAGAGUGGAGCAUCGGUAUCAUACUAUAUGAAUGUCUCUAUGGUUGUACGCCUUUUUUCUGCGAGAAUAGGCAGGCAACGAAGACGCGAAUCUUGGAACACAAGCGUUGGCUGAGGUUUCCGCUCGAGCAACGCUAUGCUCGACCAAACAUUGAUCGUGUGCCACUCAUGCCAGUGUCUCGCCACGCCAUCGACCUGAUGAUGCAUCUCCUCGACGAGCGACCUGAUCGCCUCUCCGCGAAACGCUAUCGAGAAAAUGACUGGCUCCUCCGCGACCGCGGCCUAGGUCAACGCCGCGUCCGCAAUCUCAACUGCUCCGCUCAUAUCGUAUUCCCUAACGACGCCGAGGAUAUCAAACAUCACGCCUUCUUCCGCACCAUCCAGUGGCAGAAUCUGCACCUCACGCGCCCACCGUUUGUCCCACGCGUCCACGGCAGCCAACCGAUCACAAAGUACUUUGAUGACGAGGCCGACAUCAUGAGCGCUUCGGACCACCUGGAUUCUUCGAGUUACGAUCAUGUGCCUGAGGACGGUGGUGUGGUGUUGAGUGAGCGUGAGGUAGGAGAAGUCGAUGGUGGAUCGAAUGUGCUACCCCCGGAGAGUCCGACAAAGGCUUCCAAGAAGGUACCGAAGCGAAAGGAGAAGAAACGACCGAGGGACAAGCUGCUCCGAGACCCGCAGGUUGGACGCACAGUAUUGGAGUUGAGGAAGAGAGGCGCUUUCGUGGGAUAUACGUACCGUCGACCUCGUUUCACGUUGCCGGAGCUGGAAGAAAAGUAG